AUGGUGCAAUUUGCCAAGAAACUCGCGGCAGCUCAGCGGCCCGAAUGGAAAGGUCAUUAUCUCGAGUACAAGCAGCUAAAAAAGAAAUUGCGGAUAGUAGUGGAAGCUCAGCAUGAAGAAACACGUGGAGAACAAGAGGAUUUUAAACAUGAACUGGACUCAGAAGUGGAGCGUGUCGUACUCUUUUUUUUGACGAAACAGGGUGAAUUUGCUACGACAUUACAAGGUCUUCGGACACAACAAUUGGAGCUCCCAGCAGGAGAUUUAGAGGCAAUGCACUCAAUUGCCGACAUGUACCGACAUGUGGGCGAUGAUUUGGUACAAUUGCUGCAUUUUGUUGAGCUCAAUGCAACGGGCAUUCGAAAAAUUCUCAAAAAACAUGACAAAACGCUCAAGGAAUACAAGAUCAUGGGCUCGUACUUGUCGUCACGCACUGACUCCCAGGCUUCCCACAUGCAGCAAUUGUAUCAUGAUGAAGGUAUUUCGGCCAUUAUUGCCAGUAUUCGCUCAGCAUUGACCAAGUUACGGAAAUUAGAGGUGUGCCUAGCAUCUGACGCGACGAGUAAAGCUCUGACGCGGACUAUUUCAGAAGAUGAACCAGUGCUAAGUCGGAUCGGUCAAGCGCGGCGCCGACUGCACAAGUCGACGCAGUACGUCAAGGCAGUGGCUGCACGUUCGCUUAUCUUCGAUGCUGACUCUUCGGAAGAUGAAGAUGAUGAGACCUAUGAUAUGCUUAAGAGACUCAAGCAGGCGUCAAAGCCAUCGCGUCUGCUUAACAUCCUGAACACGUUCCUAUAUAUGACGAAUUACUAUAUCGUGGCUCCGACAAGUGGCAAGUACGCGGCUGAGUUGGGUGCCGAGGCUUCUAUGAGUGGUGUUAUUGUGGGAAUGACGCCCGUGGCCUCUCUUGCAAGUGCGGUGCUGUAUAGUUGGUGGGCUAAUCGCUCGUACAAGCACUCACUGAGCUUUGCAACUGUAUGCCUUAUCCUGGGAAACUUGCUGUAUGGUAUGGCGCUUUCAUACAACAGUGUCGCUAUGGCUUUGACUGGUCGUAUGCUCAAUGGUUUUGGUGGUGCUCGCGCUAUUAAUCGUCGCUAUAUUGCCGACAACUAUUCUCGUGAGGAGCGAACGCAGGCCUCGGCGCUGUUUGUGACCGCUAGUGCACUCGGCAUGGCAGCAGGCCCAGCCCUCGCGGCUGGACUCCACUAUCUCCCUGACUACCGGUUUGCCGGUAUCGAAAUUACGACAGAAACCUCGCCGGGUUGGAUCAUGUUUGCUCUGUGGACAAUCUAUCUCAUUGCCCUUUUGAUUUGGUUUGAGGAGCCCAACCGUUUGGAGAGAGAACGCUUUCUAGAACGUCGACGCUCGAUGCUGGAAAACGGAAUGAAAAACUCGAGUAUUUUAGCAGUGGCGGUCGAAAUGGGAGAAGACACGCCGUUAGUUUCGCGAGCAACCUCGAUGGUAAGUGCCCCUCCGACCCUGUCUUCCCUUCGGCACAAUGUACCCGUCGUGGCAUCACUUUUUAUCUAUAUCGUUCUCAAGCUGGUGCUGGAGUGUCUUAUCACGGCGAGUUCGACAAUCGCUAUGUAUCACUUCAACUGGGGUUCCAGCAACAACGGCAUGUACCUUGCUGCACUAGGGCUUCUGAUGUUCCCGACAAACAUGAUUGUGGGCUGUAUGAGUUUUCGUUACGAAGACCGCGAGAUGAUUGUGUUUUCCGAAGCCGCCAUGUUUGUCGGUGUGGGUGUUAUUGUGAACUAUGGACACUACUCCGUCGCGCAGUUUGUUGCGGGAGGUGUGCUUAUUUUCAUCUCCACGAAUGUGCUGGAAGGCGUGAAUAUGUCGCUAUUGUCCAAGACGAUCCCCAAGUCUUUUGCAAAGGGCACGUUCAACUCGGGAUUGCUGGCUACAGAAGCGGGCACAUUUGGACGGGCUAUUGGUGAUGUCGCGAUCACAGUCGUGGGCUUGCCCGGCAUCCAAUAUGUGCUUAACUGGACGUUCGUGCCUCUUAUCGGCAUUUCUCUUUUUACAAUUCUUUACACGAGCCGCGUGUACCACAAGCUUGCCUCCGACGAUUAA